CUUUCACAGUCGCGUCCGCCAAGACUAAUCUCCGCAUUCUAUUGUCGUCAGUCGCACCUCCACCACACAACUGCUAUUGAACAGUCGCCAGUGCGCAUUUGCGCUCGACCACUGUCGCCCAUGCCCGUGACUCGAGCUACCUCUCCGUCGACACGAUGAAGCUCAAGCUCAAGAACCCCAACGCAGCUUCUAGCGACGCACCGGCAGCACCGCCUGCGCCGCCUGCGGCCGGAGACGCAGCACCCGCACCCGCCGCUGUGAAAAUCGGUGGCUUCAAGCUCAAGUUGAAGCCAGCAACUCCUGCUGCGCCUGCAGCAGACGGUGAUGCUUCCGCCGACGCGCCCAAGCAGAAGCGCAAGUACACCAAGAAGCCUAGGAUCGACGAGAAUGGAAACGCUGUUCUACCAGGCAAGCCGGGGCCAAAAAAGAGGGCUCGCGAGGAUGGCGAAGAUGGAGAGGUGCCAGUAGCGAAGCGCAAGCCGAAGCCAACGCUGAAGAGCCUGGAAAGACUAGACGAGAGCGACGAUGAGGAGGACAUGGAGCUUUCAGUGCCUGUGCAAAGAGUACCAAAGAUGCCCCCAAACCGCCAGACGUCCCUCAAGCUAUCCAUAAAGCCCAAGCCUUCAGCCUCCGGUGCGCCUGCACCGUCACGCGGCACCACGCUACUGAAGGUCAAGGGUGCGGGGCGGCCUCCGAUGAGACCACUAGGUGUAGGAUACGACAGUGAAGCCGAGGAGGCAGAGGUCGAUCCAGCAAUAGAGGCACAGUUCGUCUUGCGAAUGCUCCCAGGACCUGACUGCGACCUGUUACGCAAGUCUAUCGAGGAGAAGACUAUAGGGCGAAGUGCCAUGCAAGGAGGACCAGGCGUAUACUUCAGAUUCUUCGACAAAGAGGGCAGGAAAGCUAUGGUUACGAUACAAGGCCGUCACUACGCUGCCUCCAUGGUGGAGCUACCAAACAUCAUAGAAUCGAUGAAGAGCUGGAACAAGAAGGACUGGGUCAAGACUGCAGACGUCUGCCAGAUGCUCCUCGUUCUGGGUAGAGUUCAGAACGAAGACGAGGCAAAGAAGUACCCACGACCAGGCUAUGUCGAAGAAAACUCGCACCGCUAUCCUCAUGGUCUCACGCCGCCCAUGCGCUGGGUUCGCAAGCGGCGCUUCCGACCGCGGAAGUCUUACCUCGACGUUGAACGAGCCGAAGCUGAGAUGAAUGCGUUAUUAGAGGCUGACGACAACGCCGAGAACACAAAGUACGAACUUGUCGAGGAGGGGGCGGAGUCUUCGGAGGACGAGUCUGGGUCAGAAGACGACGAGGACGAAGAGAUGAUGAAUGCACCCGCAGAGACUCCAGUCGAAGAAGUCGACGCUGCUGCCUUGGAAGAGAUGCUGCAAGCUGGAUUCAUGGAAGACGACGAUGUCGAGAUACAAGCCGACGGCGAGGACAUCGAGGCUCUGUUCGGCAACAGCGACGCCGUCGAAGGGCAAACUCCUGUCACUGCGCACGACGCGGCUAUGCAUGCACUUGCGCAGAAUGGCAGCAUUGUUGUCGAGCCCGAAACCGCCCCAACUACACCAGUCGCCGCCACAUCAGCAGAGGACGACGAUGACGACGACGAUGACGACGAUGACGAUGACUCUGACAUUGACGAGGCCGCUGCAGCUGAGCAACAGAGGAGGGAGCUGCUGGAGGCAGAGGUUGCUGAACUGGAGAAGGCCUGCCAGCAGAGUAUCGAGUCGCGCGACAAGACAAACAACCCUCUCUUCAAACAGCGUAUGAACAAGACGAUCGAGAGACAGCAGCAAGAUCUUCAUAUCAAGAAGAAACAGCUCAAUGAGUUGAAUGGCAACCUGGACGCGGACGACUAGGUCUGACUAGGCAAGGACCAUAAUCACACAACAUUGCAUUGCACAGGAGUACCGGCUAUGGGCAUUGGGACGGCGCAGAUCAUCUGUAAAAGCACCGAGGAGGGGUUCAUCAUACUCAGUUACCUGUUCAUCCAUCACUAGAUACCAA